GUACACCCAAAAAAAAAAAACACAACACACACACACACACACGCAUACACACACUCUGAAACUAAAAUGAUCAGUUUGGAUGACAUUUACAAGGUGGUAACAGCAAUGUUUCCGCUCUACGUAGCCCUACUUCUAGGGUACGGAUCGGUGAAGUGGUGGCACAUGUUCAAGCCGGACCAUUGUGACGCGAUAAACCGGCUGAAUUGCUACUUCAUCAUCCCUCUCUUCACAUUUGACUUCACAACCCAAAUAAAUCCCUACAAAAUGAACUUUAGGUUCCUAGCUGCUGACGUCAUCUCCAAAGGCAUCAUCCUCAUAGCUAUAUAUUUAUGGGCUACGUUUACUACAAAAGGAAACUUACCUUGGUCCAUCACAAGCUUUUCUUUGCUUUGCUUGAAUAAUUCACUUGUUGUAGGGGUUCCACUUAUGAAAGCAAUGUUUGGUCCUGUUGGACAGAACCUUGUUAUUCAAUCCUCUAUUUGGCAAUUUACAAUUUGGAAUAUAAUCUUGCUAACAAUGUAUGCGUUCGAGAGCGUAAACAAAUUGUCACAAGACGAAUCAGCAACAGAUCUAGAAGGCAAUACGCUAGAGGUGGAUCACGUGGUGGUUACAAGAAGACCCUCCUUGUUGAUUUUAAUCAAGACUGUUGGUGUAAAGCUUGCUAAGAAUCCUAAUGCUUAUGCAUGCAUCCUUGGGCUUGCAUGGGCACUUGUAUCAAACAGGUGGGAUUUAAAAAUGCCAAGUAUAAUAGAAGGAUCAAUAUUGAUCAUGUCAAGAGCUGGUUCAGGUGUUGCCAUGUUUUGUAUUGGAUUGUUCAUGGCAUUACAACCGAAGAUAAUUGAUUGCGGAUGGACACUAACCGCAUUUUCAAUGCUAAUGAGGUUUGUGGUUGCACCAGCAACAUUGGCUGUUGGGUCUCUUAUCUUAGGUUUGCGUGGUGAUAUCCUUUCUAUAGCCAUCAUUCAGGCUGCGCUACCCCAAGCGAUUACUUCUUUCAUAUUUGCCAAAGAAUAUGAACUCCAUACAAAUGUCCUUAGUACUGCGGUCAUCUUUGGCACUAUUGUGUCCAUUCCAGUGCUGAUUGCAUAUUUUGUUGUGCUAGACUUAUUAACGUGAUUAUUUGUAUUGUAAUUUUAUCCAUCGAUCAAAGUUAAAAGCUACACGGAUUUGUAAUGACACAAUUGUUUUCAAUUAGUAUUGUAACAUAUUCAAAGUAUCUAUCUGAAUUAUGACAAUUGUUUA